UACCCCAAGUUAUACUGAUACUUUUUAGCACUUCAUGUUAGCCACAUCAUUUGGCAGGUCACAGCUGCAACCUUUUAUUUCUUUCUUUGAAGCUUUGCCAGAUGGACUACAUGUCUCCAUUCCCUAUAUUUUGAGCCUUGUUAUCUGUGAUCCAGUGAAACUGGCAACAGUUGGUGUUGGGAGUAAGCUUCCUCCUAGAAUUAGAAUUGAACAAUUGUCCAGGAACCUUACCUCAUUGUUCCCUCUUAUUUCUGGUAUAGCUAACAUUGUACCAAGGGAGACUCUUGCUUGGAAGUUAAAAUUGAUCAAGUCAGCUGCUGCUUACGCUAAUUCCCAUCUCCAUGCUGUUAAAGCUGAAGUACUCCUGCUAGUCAGUGACAAGGAUAACAUGCUUCCUAGUCAAGAUGAGGCUCAACGUCUUAAGGGUUUACUACAAAACUGCACAGUUCGUCACUUCAAGGACAAUGGACAUAUCCUUUUACUGGAAGAUGGAAUUAGUUUGCUUACUAUUAUUAAAGGUACUUCCAAAUACCGCCGUUCAAGGAGGCAUGACUUUGUCUCAGAUUUUGUGCCUCCUAGUAUAUCAGAAUACAGAUAUAUUUUUGACCAAGUCCUAGGAUUUUUACGUUUUGCUGCUUCUUCUGUCAUGUUUUCAACUAUGGAAGAUGGUGAGAUAGUAAAAGGUCUUGCAGGCAUUCCAAGCGAAGGUCCAGUCUUGCUUGUUGGUUACCAUAUGUUAAUGGGGUUAGAGAUUUAUUCUCUUGUUGAAGAAUUCUUGAGAGAGAACAUUAUGGUCCAUGGAGUAGCACACACGGAGCUUUUUUUGGCAAAGCAUGAGAGUUCAUCUAAUGAAUUCUCAUUCUCUGAUUGGAUAAAGGUAUUUGGUGCAGUACCUGUUACAGCAAGCAAUCUUUUCAAAUUGCUGUCUGCAAAGUCUCAUGUUCUUCUCUAUCCUGGUGGUGCACGCGAGGCCCUCCAUUACAAGGGUGAACAAUAUAAAUUAUUCUGGCCUAAUCAGCCAGAAUUUGUGAGAAUGGCAGCACAGUUUGGUGCCACAAUUGUGCCAUUCGGCGUUGUAGGAGAAGAUGAUAUGGUAGAAUUGGUUCUUGAUUACAAUGACAUGAUGAAAAUGCCUCUGCUUAAUGACUAUAUUAGGGAGGAGACGCAGAAAGUUGAAAAAAUAAGGGACAAAUCACUUGGAGAAGUUGCUGACCAACAAAUUUUUCUACCAGCAGCAUUACCAAAGGUACCAGGGCGUUUUUACUAUUUGUUUGGGAAGCCAAUAGAAUUGAAGGGAAAGGAAGAGUUGCAGAAAGACAAAGAAACAGCAAAUCAGUUAUACUUGCAAGUGCAGUCGGAAAUUGAGGCAAGCAUUGCCUACUUAUUGAAGAAGCGGGAGGAGGAUCCAUAUAGGAACAUUAUUGACAGAAUAAUGUACAAAGCAUUGCAUGGUCCGUUACACCAGGUUCCAGCAUUUGAUCCUUGAAGUAUAUUCAAGUCCUGCAUGCUGCUCUUGCACCCAAUUUCAUGUUGAGCUAUUAUUGCAAAUUUGCUGCUAACAUGGUGAAAGAAAAUAACUCAGGGAGGUCUUGGAUCUUGGGUUAGUAAGUCAGGCUGCCAUUCUCCAUCUCUGUGGAUUUAUCUCAAGUGGAGGCCCAGCCCCUGUGAGUCUAUGACAGUUGUGCCUGGUUGUUUGUUUCUGGGAAAACACCCUACAUUUUUCAGGUUAGUGUGGAUUCUUACUUCUUUUCUAGAAACUUAACAUCGAAUAAAAUUAAAGGUAGAUAGAUUUUAUUCUAAACGUUCAAUUUUGUGCGAAUUCUAUUAAAGCAUUUCACUUUGG